AUGAAGAACAAAACAAAGGUCCCAAUCCCCAAUGCACAUUCAGGAAGGAUUACAUUGAAGCAGAUUGGAGGAGAUGAUGAUACUGUGGGUGGCUGGCCAAAAUGGCUUGUUGAGAAUGUGCCUGAAGAUGUCUUAGCUGACUUGGUUCCUAAGACUGCUGAUUCCUAUGACAAACUUGCUAAGAUUGGCCAGGGAACCUACAGCAAUGUGUACAAAGCUCGUGACAGGGAAACCAAAAAGAUUGUAGCUUUGAAAAAGGUCCGCUUUGACACAUCAGAGCCAGAGAGUGUCAAGUUUAUGGCGAGGGAGAUAACAAUGCUACAGAAGCUAGAUCAUCCCAAUAUCAUAAAGCUUGAAGGGAUAGCUACAUCAAGGAUGCAGUACAGUCUAUAUCUGGUCUUUGAUUUCAUGCAGUCCGACUUGACCAGAGUAGUCUCACGUCCUGGACAGAGGCUCACUGAACCGCAGGUGAAGUGCUAUAUGCAGCAGCUGCUUGCUGGUCUCCAGCACUGCCAUGAGAAUGGGAUUCUACACAGAGACAUUAAAGCUUCCAACUUGCUAAUAGACAAAAGUGGGAUGCUCAAAAUUGCAGAUUUUGGGCUUGCAAAUUUUUUCCCUCCCAAAAAACGCCCUCUUACGAGCCGAGUUGUGACACUGUGGUACAGAGCGCCAGAGCUAUUGUUAGGUUCUACAGAUUAUGGAGUUGGUAUUGAUCUUUGGAGUGCAGGAUGUCUAUUGGCAGAAAUGUUUGUUGGGAGGGCGGUUAUGCCUGGGAGAACAGAGGUUGAGCAACUUCAUAGGAUCUUCAAGCUUUGUGGUUCACCCGGAGAUGAUUACUGGAAGAAAAUGAAGCUACCAACAAGCUUCCGACCACCACAACAUUACAAACCUAGUUUUGAAGAAUUCUUUAGGGACUUCUCAACAUCAUCAUUUGAUCUCUUGACAACACUUCUUGCUCUGUACCCAGCAUCUCGUGGCAGUGCUGCUUCUGCUCUCCAAAGUGACUUCUUUAGUUCAAGUCCGUUGGCAUGUGACCUUUCAGCUCUACCGGUAAUGUAUAAAGGGGAGGAUGAGUGGAUUCACACCAGGGAUCGGAGGAAGAGGGCUUCCAAACCAAAACAAUUGUCUCAAACAAAUCGUGAACGUCAUCAAAGAAAGGUCCAAGAGGUCAGAGGAGAGUUUGAAUCUUCUAAUAAGUUUCUGCUGGAAAAGAAUGCAGAACCGAACAUGUGCCGCCAAGCUACGGGAAGUUCGCACAGCCAUGAUAUGGAAAGCAUGCAUAGCCAAGAGAUGGGAAGCAUGCAUGGCCAAGAGAUGGGGAGCAACAGUGCAAGAAGCAGCACUUCCUCCAGUUUUAAACCAAGCAUAUUUGAGAACUUGCAUGCAUCUCUUUCUCCAAUAACCCGUUCUCAUAAAAAACGAUUCUCGACCACUGAGGGUCAUCCUAAUGCUCUCAAGAACAUCAACCCUGAUGUUCUUAAAAAGAUCAAGGACUUUCCCCUCUUGCAUGCCUCUAUAACAGAUAUCAUCAACCAUACUGAAGGCAGUGCACUGUCCUAUUAUCGCAGAUCUCAUUCUACAUUGGACUUCCGAAAUCUUGAUCCGGAGAAGAUGUGAUAACUGUUGGGACUGGACAAAGAAUAGACAAUUGGAACAAAUCUUUAUCACCUCAAGCUGUUCUAGUCCUGGCCUAGAAGCUUAUAAUUCUUUUCCCCACUUGUUUUCGGUCUCAGUUUUCCCCUUGUAUGAUUUUGUGCUAUAAAUAAAUCUGUAUCUGGGACCCUUUCUUUACUAAAUUACUUAUGCAAAAUUCUCUAGGGAACAUUGAUAAGGGAAGUUAGUUUUGCACUGAACUAACGAUUACAGAGAAGUAGUAAUAUAUCGAUGAUCUUUUAUUCUAAACUUGUCCAAGAAACAAUUGUGUUGGAUUGGACCAUAGACAUGAUUUGCUAACAAAUUUGUACCAGUACUUUACAUGUGUUUGUUCUAGAUUUGUCCCGGAUACCAUACCAUCAGGGGUGAGCCAGAGAGGCAAGUUAAAUUUGGAAGCAGUGGUCGAAUUUGAUGUUAGACUUCGGUCUGAGUUUGAACAAUGUGGCCGGGAUUUGACUGCAGUAAGUUGAAAGACCAUUAGGCGCCAAAUGUAUCGGAAGCUUCAACUGGGUACAAGCGGAGGCACUAAAGAAAGUACGGCAUGCUAACCCAAGCUAAGAAAAAAAUAUAAUAAUAAUAUAAAAAUACAAAGAGGGAAAGUUAGCCUGGUAUCUCUGGUAGACCAAAAAAAUCCUUGGUGAAGGAGAAAAAUUCAAUAAAUCUCAACAAAUGAAGACAAGAAUCAUGGGAGGGGCCAAAAUGCUUAACCCUUAAACCCAAAACACACUCCAAAAUAAUUGGCAGAGGAUUUUAUGCCAAUGCUUGCAUCAGAAAAGUCCAUAAAGAAUCCGACAUAGGAGCUGCUGAAGAAUUUUGAAGGCAGCCAGUAGAUUCAUGCCUCCAUCAUGCCUUAAGUCUCUCCAUCAAGCAUUAAUUAGCUCCAACCCAACCUCAUUCAUCCUCAAUCAUGACCCAGAUCACCUUCACUAAUCGCUUCCUUAAUUGCUUCGUUUGAAAUAUCAAUAUACGCAUACUUUUUGUUUCUUCUCAAUCCUCUAAACUAACAGGAAACCCCAAUUUUCCUGGGGCCGCCACCAACGCUAAGAGUUGGUGGACUUGGUUCUCUGUAUGCCCUAUGUUUAAUAUUACCUUGGACCCCAAGAAACCUUACAAAUAGGUCACCUUCUCCCUUCACAUGGGAUUGACACUUGUCCUUAUACAAAGAAAACUCUGUUGAAUUAACUGUUAAAAUUCUGAUAUGAUUUUAGAGCCACAAGGUUUUUGACUGGUAGCAUACCGAUUUCCCUCAGAUAAUCUGAUUGUUGUCUUGUGCAGGGUUUACUUGGUGAUUUUACUCAAGCUAUCUUAGAUUGAAUAAUAAUCGUUCGUACUUUAAAAGGACUUCGGCUGUGUGCAUGCCCCCUAUAGUGCUCUUUCAUUUGUAGGUUUAAUGAAGGACUAUUUGCUAAAUCUAGAGAAGGUAAGGACUGUUUUUCUUCUUUUGUUUGGCAUAGAAGUUAUAGGAAAUUCGGAAUGAAAGGAAUUGAAAACCUACCCUAACAUAGCGGAGGUUCU